GUAAUCGAAGUCUGUGCCUUUAAAGGCUUGAUGAAAUAAUUGAACCGUGAUGGUCUCAGCGCUCGUGAACAGAGACUGCAUUUUUGCCAAACCCCUCUAGACAGGGAAAUCCAUGCCUCAGGAGUAAACGAGAAGCAAGAACAUCCGAAAACGGGAUAUUUUCUUACACGGGAAUGCAGAUCGCUUCUCAUCUUAUAUGCGACAAGUAGCCUAAGAUACCACGUAACAUUUCCACAGCUGCACCAUUUUCCCCUCUAUCCAAAUCAACCGUUGCUGUCGCGGGAGGUUCUCUAGUUUACCACCGAAAAGUAAAACAGGAUUUUUCUUUUCAUCGUUAAGUCGCUGUUGUCUUUUUUUAUCGGACAGGCUGCAUAUGAUGUUUUAGUCGGAGUCAAGUCCAGCUGAUUAAGCGAAUGCAAAGCUACUGGUGAAGAGAAGAUGACGGCCUACCAACCGACUGUGAUUUUCUACGGCAGUGGAUUCGGAAACCACAAUAAGCGGUGGGAAAAGAUGCACGUUAGCAAGACGCGCACCUUAUAAAGACAUUGGAAUGUUAUUCGCCGACAGCGCGACGAAAAACUCUUCUAAGCCUAUCCUUUCGCCUCGAAAUAUAAUGGAUUAAAAGUCGUCUGUUAUUCUGUAUGUCUGCUAUAAAAUGAAGAAUUGCAAGAAUAUAAUUUUUAGCAAUUACCUUAUUAUAACGUGUUGGAUUUAGAAAGUUGUUUACAUUUUGAUUGCCAGUCAAUGGAACUAUGUACGAAUUUAAAAUGCCAACUGUUUUCUUUGAGGUACUGUAAGGCGAAUGACUAUCCAGUGAUUUACAAGACUUUUUGGAUGUCACCAUUUUAACAUGUUUGAGACAUCAGGCCGGGGAACCAGGUUUGCUUGAUGUUGGAGCCUGGAAGUCGCUGUCGACAGUGUGGCUGCAUAGAUGGCGAACACAAGCGAUCUUGGGGAAAGCAAUCCUUCGCUCCAAAAUUAUGCCAUCACCGCCUCUGCAGUGAAACUGGCCUCUCUCGGUCUAAUCAUUUGCAGCAGCCUGGCCGGGAACAUACUGCUCUCGCUUUUGGUGCUGAAAGACAGCUCCCUUCACAAGACACCAUACUAUUUUCUCCUCGACCUGUGCUUUGCGGACAUCAUCCGUUCGGCCGUGUGCUUUCCGUUCGUCAUGAUUUCGAUCGUUAACGGUUCUGUGUGGAGCUACAGCGUCAUCAGCUGCAAGAUUGUCGCCUUCAUGGCCGUGCUGUUUUGCUUCCACAUCGCCUUCCUUCUCUUCUGCGUUAGUGUCACGCGUUAUAUGGCUAUUGCACACCACCGCUUCUAUUCCAAACGAAUGACUCUGUGGACGUGCGUGGCUGUCAUAUGCAUGGUGUGGACCUUGUCGGUUGCCAUGGCGUUUCCCCCGGUGUUUGAUGUCGGGACGUAUAAAUUUAUUAGUGAGGAAGAACAAUGCAUAUUCGAGCACAGAUACGUGAAAGCGAACGACACACUGGGUUUUAUGUUGAUGCUUGCCGUUAUUGUGGGCACGACGCAUGUUGUGUACAUCAAAAUGCUUUGCUUUGUUUACGACCACCGUAAGAUGAAACCAGCCCAGCUGAUCCCGGCUAUUAGCCAGAACUGGACCUUUCACGGUCCAGGUGCGACAGGCCAAGCGGCUGCCAACUGGAUUGCGGGCUUUGGACGCGGUCCCACCCCGCCGACAUUAGUGGGCAUCAGGCAAGCCUCGCAUAACGCCAACAGGAGGCUGCUCGUCUUGGACGAGUUCAAGAUGGAGAAACGAAUAGGGAAAAUGUACUACAUGAUCACGCUGGCGUUCCUGCUGUUUUGGGCCCCGUACAUUGUGUCGUGCUACGUACGCGUGUUCGUGAAGGAAAGCGCCAUUCCACAGGUUUACCUGACGGCGGCCGUGUGGCUGACGUUCGCCCAAGCGGCGGCGAAUCCAGUCGUCUGUUUCAUUUUCAACAAGGAACUAAGGAUGCGUUUCAGAGCUUGCUUUCCUUGCUGUUUGACUACACAAACACCAAUGGAACCAUAUUGUGUAAUCUGAACGAAGACACAGGCCAAAGACACCAUAGAUUUUUUUUUACCUUUUGUUGAAAUGCUUCAUUUUUAUUUAUCAGAGUUCUCACGCUUGUUAACACGUUUUUGAUCUCGUUGGGUGGUGUCGGCCUUCUUGACCUAAUAGGUUACCAAACAUAUUUCUACAGUACAAAAUCAUACAAUCACAACAAGCAAAUGCAGUAUUUUCAUGUAAAAUAUGUAAAAUUUAUUUAUAUUCUCAAGUCCUUUAUAUUGCAUAUGUAAUAUAUUUGUU